CCCAUUUUAGAAUUUCACUUAGCCAUGCCGAUGGUACUCCGCGUUAUUGUGCACGACAGUGACAUCAGAAAAGUAACCAUUCCUGAAAAACCAGCUGAUGUUGAUGCUUUGAAACAUGUGUUGCAAGAGAAGCUGCAGCUCACCUACACCUUCAGUGUCCAAUUUGAAGACCCUGACUUUAAUAAUGCAUUAUGUAAUGUCAGUGACAUUAAUGAUUUGCCAGAGAAGGCAACACUGAAAAUAAUUCCUCAACAAACAUCUCCCUCCUCAAGUCAAGCUAGCACUGUACUUCUCUCAGGUUCUGAUACAUCAGAGCAGUUGUCUGCUGAACGACUGCUUGAAUGGCCUGAGGAAUUUGAAAUAUCCAAAUUAUCUGUUAAUGUUGAGUACCGUCUCCGUCAGGGAAACCUUGCUUUUAUGAAGGAUGGAACAACUCUUAAUGUUGGAAGAGACAUAAAACAUGACAUACUGGAAGCACUUGCUGGGGCCAUGUACACCUUUAAGGCAUAUCCAAGAGAUGAAGAUUUUGCCCAAGUUGCUGCAGCUCUAAUCAAAGCACAUCCCUGUUUGACUGAACAGGGCUCUCCAACAGGCUCAGCUGGCUGGAAAAACAGCCUGAAAUUUAAAAUGGCCAACUAUAGAACAAAACUGCGUAAAUGUGGCUGUAGUGAUGUUGCAGUUGGUGGAAAGAGAGGUGCAACGAUGGCAACAAAGUCAGGAUUUAAAAAACCCAGGCGAUUUGAAUUAAAUUUCUUGCCAAACUUUCCUAAUGGGGAAGAUGAAGAAAGUCAAGAAUGCACAAGAAUAGAACUUAUAGAAGAAAUGAAAAAGAGGCCCCCAAACGUGAGCCUGAUUGGCAAGAAGAUGGACAGCACAUUUGCUUUGAGACGGAAAGAAAUCAUCCACUCUGAACCUCCUGUUUGUGAGAUUUUGAAGAAGUGGCCAGCACUUUUCACGGAAAGCCAGAUCUUUGCAGAAUUCAAUCGCAUAUCUGGGAAAAAUCUGAGAUCUCAGUUCUACGCAGCGUGGACACGCACUCUGCCCGCUUGUUUGAAAUUUUCCGGAAAAAAGGAGGAAACCAGGGAAGAAUACUUAAUGAAAUUUUGCAACAAGUAAAU